AAACUAUCGAAAAUCUAAACGAUUCGUAACCGAUUGUACAACAGCAUCCCUAAUCUGAGUUGUCAAAUAAAUCAACUUAUAAUUUGACAUUGACACUUGACUUCAGCAGCUUGACAGUGCCCUACUAAUGAAAAGUAUCCAAAACAAAAUAUAGAAAUAGAUUAUAAACAAGAUUCAGUAGCAAAUAGUGUUCGAGUGCAGUGAAAACGUAAUUAAAAGUUGAUUCAAUACGUUAGUGUCAUUACUGCGGUCUUUAUCGUAUCAAAGUUACUUAUAGUCGUCAAGAUUAAGCGAUUCAAGUUACAAAUGCCUCAUCGCAGAGGCAGUUUAUCAACAAAUGACUUGUUUUCGCGUGAAAUUGACAUAGAGAUAUGUUUAAAAACUUUAAAGAUAUAUCAAAAACUUGAAGGAGAUGUGAAUUGUGUAGUGUGGGACGCAUCUCUAGUGCUAGCAAAAUAUCUUGAAACGAUAUGUCAAGAAAAGCCCGAAUUCUUAAGUGGAACAAGGGUAUUAGAAUUGGGAUCUGGGUUAGGUAUUGUUGGACUUACAGCAGCUACUUUAGGUGCUCAAGUAACAUUGACAGAUUUACCUGAAGCUUUGCCAUUACUUCGAUUAAAUAUCAGUGAAAAUAAGCAAAAGAUUGGUAGUAUGGGUGGCUAUGCAAUUGCAGAAGUUUUAGAAUGGAGUGACAAUAAUUCUGAUAUACAUAAACAAGAAUUUGAUAUGGUUCUUUUAGCUGAUUGUAUUUACUAUGAAGAUGCUGUAGAACCUUUGAUUCAAACAUUACAAAAUUUGAACUACACAAUAUUGAAGAAACCAACUAUAUAUCUAACACAAGAAAUGCGUGAUUCUGAAGUUCAGAAAAGACUUUGGAAUGAGUUUUAUGAGAAGUUAACAGAUACCUUUCAUGUACAAAAAAUACCAGAAGAUGAACAACAUAUGAACUACAGGAGCCCAGAUAUUGUCUUGCUCAAAAUAAAUAGAAAAUGUUGAAUAUAGGUUGUAUCAAAUGUUACAUUGUUAAUUAGAUGUAGGUUUUUUUUGGAGUAAAAGCAUUGUGAUAGAAGUGUAAUAAAUAGUACAAAUAAAUAGAUUAAACUCGUUGUGUAGAUAAGCUUAUAUAAGAGAAAAAGUGUAAGUCUCCUUUAAAAAGGAGAAUUAUGCGGUUCAAAAUAAAUUAUUUAUUAUGUAAUGUAAUGAUUGUAUUUACAUUUUUGUGUUAGGUAAAAUAAUGUUGUGGUUGUUCCAGUUUAUAUUUUUGAUAAUCAUUUAACUGCAUUUAUGUAAACUUGUGUAAAUGAAACAUUGUUUAUAUUGAAAGAAAUAAUUUAUUUAUGU